AUUAGAGGAAGAGAAGUGCACUUAGAACAAAUGAGAGAACGUGUCACAUGUCUGCCUCAGGGCCUGCUCAAAUGUCAGCGCAAAUCUGAAGGGUGACCCCGGUGCUGCUGGGUUUGGAUCUCGGGUCUGUCUGGAAACCUGUCUGAGAAUCAUCAGCAUCCUCUGUGAAGUUGAUGGAGUAAUGAGGAGGUGAAGAUAUACACACUGAUGUCUGCUGGUGGCUCAGGGAUGGACGACUCAACAGAGGAGACGACACAGGCCGUACCGUUAAGGCAACCGAAGGAAGGAGGCACCAUCACUAGACAGCCGGCAACCAAACGCUACAGUGAGAUUUUACGAGACUUCGAUAACUUGGAGUUGUCCUUAGUGAGCAGCACGUCUGUAGAGGAAUUUCUCGGAGACUCUGAUGUCCAGUCGUUCUCAGAAGCAGUAGACACAACAUUGGAGGAUUUGUCUGGUGAAGAUGUAGACACGCUUGUCUGUCCUGAUGAAGAUGAAAGAGAAGGUGGAUUGUCGGCCCAGGAAGCUGAUGUGGCCAUGUGCCGCAGCGAGGGAGGCGUGGAGCUCGCCUUACAGUAUGCCAAGCUAUGGUGCCGCUACGCCAAAGACAUCCUCACCUGGAUAGACAAGAGAAUCUGCCUGGAGCAAGAAUAUGCCAAGAAUAUCAUGAAGGCAGCAGAAACAACAAAGUCUUGUAUUGCUCAACAGGAGCUGAUGCCACUGCAGUCUAUAUACACCAUGGCUCUGGAGCAGGAUAUGAAGAGCAGCUCAUCAGCCAAACACACCACCGAGCUUCUCUAUCAACGGUGCUACCAGGCUUUGUCUGCCAAGCGGAAUGAGAUUGACAAGUGGCGUCGGGAGUUUAAAGAGCAGUGGAGCAGGGAGCAGAAGAGAAUGAAUGAUGCCAUUGCGGCGCUGAAGCGAGCACGACAGCAGUACCUACAGCGCUGUGAGGAGCUGGAAAAAGCCAAAGCCAUGACGGCCAAAGGAGUCGAUGAACUCAGCGGCACAAAGACCCUGGACAAGAGGAGGAAGUCUCAAGAUGAGGCUCGAUCCAAGGUAUCGGAGGCGGAAAUGUUAUACAGACAGUGUGUGAACGACGCGAGGGCUCAUCAGGAAGAGCUGGAAAAAGUGAAGGAGAGGAUCAUCGUCCACACCCGCAAGCUCAUCUGCCAAGGAGACAACGUGCUUAAAGAGGUGACGGUGAACAUGUUCUUCUACCAGAGACAGCAGAUGGAGUCCGUCCCCUUAGGAUACCACAACCUGGAGCUGACCUGCCGACCUUGCGAGGCAGGAGAACCGUACCUGCUCUACAUCGCCAGAAAGUGUGGACCCGAGCAGCCGCUUCAGACCUUCAGUUUCCAGGAGUUCAUGCCUCAGAACAAGAGAACUCGUAAAGUGAGUAACGCCGUGAUGCUGCUGCAGGACUCGACUAACAUACACGAGGACGCGAAGCGCUUCAGUGAUGGAAGACGCCCCGGACACAGUGACAGUGACAGCAUAGGAGGAAGUCUGGAGUCUCUGUCCAGUCCAGCCCAUAAACUGCUGAAAGCUCCGUCUACUGGAACCGUGUCCUCUGAUGACCUGGAUGAGAGAGAACUGAACACUGAAGCUGAGAGCUCUGAUCCUCUUAACGACAGUAACGGCACCUACUCUAAAGUGCGCACCACGUCCCGAGCUGCUCUCACACACCGCCUCAAGAAAACAAAGAGCAAAAUGCAAAAGUGCAAACUGUGUGAUAACUUCAUCCUGGUCAGCGGCAUCGAGUGUGAGGAGUGUGGCCUUAUGGUUCACAGGAAGUGUCUGGAUCUGUGCCAGAUCGAGUGUGAGCGCAGAAGAGGGUUUCUCUUUGGGAUAGAGUUCUCCAUGUUACCCAGAGAGCAACCGCAGGACAUCCCCUUCAUUGUGCAGCGCUGUACUGAAGAGAUCGAGAGCCGAGCGCUCACUGUGCAGGGAGUUUAUCGUGUCAGUGGGUCCAAACCCAGAAUCCUGAAGCUGUGUCAUGCUUUUGAGACCCAGAAAGACCAGGUUGACCUUUCAGACCUCUCACCCCACGACAUCACUUCCGUUCUGAAGCUCUUUUUUAAAGAUCUCCCUGAACCGUUACUGACCUUCGACCUUUACACUGAUUUCAUCAACACUGGAAAAGAAAUCCAGCGUCUGACCGAGAGAGAGCAUUCAGCUGAGAGUGCUCAGAUCAUAGAGAACAUUCUGAGCAAUCUAAAGCAGAUUCUAGCACGACUUCCUCCCUGUAAUUACAGCACGCUGCAGUACAUGAUGGCUCACCUGUUCAGGAUAUCUGAGUGUGAGGAGAAUAAGAUGUCUCCUGGGAACCUGGGCAUCGUGUUUGGCCCCACUCUCCUGCGCCCCCUCGUGUCAGGUGACGUGUCCAUGAUCGCCCUUUUGGAAAGCAGCUACCAGGCCCUGCUGUUGGAGUUCAUGAUCUCACACCAUGACCAGAUCUUUGGCCCUGCUCCAAAAACGUGCACGCCUCCAACACCUGCACAGACCAACCCACCACCGGAGCCGGACACGGAGCAGGCCACUGCUAACGAGUGUGGAGCCUCGACCAGAGAACGGCCACAGUCUCUAGAGGUAGGAAAUGUCACAGUCUGGACCUGAGGUCUCACUAAACAUCAGUGUCAUGGUUGUGAGGGACACCCGCAGCUGUGUGGAGUCGCACUGAAGGUGCUUUUACGGACCCAGUCGAGUCAUGAAGCAACCAAGGUAGAGCUCCAGCUAGAGAACGGAAAGAAAUAUCGUGAAGCUACAAAUUCUGGGAGGUUGUGUGGCCAUGCCAUGCCUCUCAGCCAUCUCAACCCUGAAUCAGACAUUGCCAUAAAGACAGAUGUGGUGUAUGUAAAUGGUACGGACCACAGGACAUGGAUCAGAAGACACAGGACUUUUUUGUCCAAACUAAAGCUGAGACGAAACAGUGAAGGAAAUAUGAAAAAAUUCAUUUUGUAGGAAACAAUAGUUGUUUUUUUUAGCUUACUCUUGGAUUCCUCAAGGGUUCCUUGGAUAAUGAUGGGUUCUGAAAUGAUUCUACAGGGAAACACUGAAAGUUACACUUUUCCAUUGAACAACCUAUAAAAUAUAUAAUUGCAUAGUUAUAUGAUUUAUUUUAACACAAUAUGGCUUUGCUGUCUUAAAUUUUCCAUGUUUGUUUUCAUUUCAUACUGAACCCUGUGAUGUCUUUUUCCAGCACUAUUAGCUUCUUGAUAUAACUUUUUCAGAUUCAUUCAAAACUUCAUUCAAGACUUCAUUCAAAACUGACCCUGUCUCGUUCAUUUAGGAAUACUGGAUUUAGAAAAUUUGCAUAUUGUAUAAUAAUUGUUCUGUUUUGUAUAUUUGGUUUUGUUCCCCAGUGGAAUCUAAAUAUAUGUUUUGUACAAAACUGUAAUUUAUGUUUUCAUUUGAUAUCCAAUCCAACGUUUAUUGCUGUAUCCUGGAUAUCAUCAUAUGUCUGAUCUUAUACGUGAGAUAGCACAGAGUCAGAAGGUCAUUCUUGACCAGUGGAGCACAAAUUUAAAAAAAAAAAGAAAUCAUCAAUACUUAAACAUACCACAAGAUGGCAGAUGUGUCAUGUUGCUCCACAGUAAAGUCUGAAGGAUGAGUGAAGCAUCCGGAUCCUCACACGUUACAAACAGACAUUAAGUUUAUAAUCAGCAAUGAUGUUAGAGGGCAUUGGUACUGUAUAACAGACAUCUGAUGGGUCAGGAGCUGUUGAUUCUUUUUCUGUAUCAGAAGACAGCAGUUCAGCUCCAAAUCCCAGGUUUAUAUGACGUAUUCUUUGAGAUGUCUUGGCAAGUUAUGAAGGAGUCCUGUGUCUGUGCAUUGUAAUGAUCAUGUUCACACCAAACGAUCGCGACAUUCACUGACGUCACAAGGUUAAUUAUAGCUCACGUUAAUUAGCGCUAGUCUUUAUGUCACACUUUAGUACAGAACUCGACUUAUGUUCAUUUAACUAUUGCAUCUUAUCCUUGCUUUUUUUCACGUUUUGCUAUUUUACAGUAUGUCUCUCGGUCUUUGUGUUUCAUGUUUGCUCGCCUAAAACGAAUAAAUGAAAUCUUCACUUGGA